AUGCCCGAUCUUCUGCUUGAGCUGUUCAGCGAAGAAAUUCCGGCCCGUAUGCAACGCAAGGCGGCCGAUGAACUGAAAUCCCUUGUGACCAAUGCUUUGGUGGACUCGGGCCUGCCAUAUGAGGGCGCCAAGGCGUUUGCGACACCACGUCGCCUGGCACUUCAUGUCGCCGGAGUGCCUGCCGGGUCGGCGGCCAAACGAGAGGAACGCAAGGGACCGCGUGUUGGCGCGCCGGAAAAGGCCGUCGAGGGAUUUCUGCGCGGUGCGGGACUUGCCUCGAUUGAAGACGCAACUAUCCGCAACGAUCCGAAGAAGGGCGAUUUUUAUGUCGCCGUGAUUGAAAAACCGGGCCGUUCCGCCAUCGACAUCAUUGCCGAGUUCAUGCCGGGAAUUCUGCGCGGGUUCCCCUGGCCGAAAUCCAUGCGAUGGGGCACGACGCCGACCCGCUGGGUCCGUCCACUGCAUUCGAUCGUUGCGACCUUCGGGCCGGAAACGGAAGAACCCGACGUUGUGCCGUUUGAGUUCGACGGUAUCGCAUCGGGUCAGACGACAAGAGGCCAUCGUUUCCUCGCGGAUGAAGCGUUUGAUGUGCGCCGCUUCGAUGAUUAUGCGACAGGGCUGGAAAAGCACAAGGUUGUGCUGGACUCGGACCGGCGCAAGGAAAUCAUCCUGAACGACGCCAAGGAUCGUGCGCUGGCUCUUGGUCUGGACCUGGUUGAGGAUCCCGGCCUGUUGGAUGAAGUCGCCGGCCUCGUUGAGUGGCCUGUGGUACUGACCGGCAGCUUCGACGAGGCAUUUCUGGAAAUUCCGGAUGAGUGCAUUCAGCUCACCAUCCGCGUCAACCAGAAGUGUUUUGUUCUGAAGAACCCGACAACCGGGCGUCUUGCCAACAGAUUCGUUCUUGUUUCAAACAUUCAGGCCGUUGACGGUGGCAAGCUGAUCGUCGCCGGCAAUGAAAAGGUGAUCCGGGCGCGCCUCGCCGAUGCCCGCUUCUUCUGGGAUACGGACCUGAAGUCAAGCCUGUCUGACAAUCUGCCCAGGCUUGAUGAUGUGAAAUUCCAUGAAAAGCUCGGCAGUGUCGGAGCCCGUGUAAAGCGCCUUGUUUCUCUGUCCGCCGAACUCGCGCCGAUAGUCGGUGCCGAUGCGUUGAAGGCCAGGCGGGCAGCCGAACUUGCCAAGGCGGACCUUGUGUCCAACAUGGUUUUCGAAUUCCCGGAACUUCAGGGCCUCAUGGGCCGGUACUAUGCGACCGCGCAAGGCGAGGACGCUUCUGUCGCAAUCGCAAUUGAAGAGCACUACAAGCCACAGGGUCCAAGCGAUAACGUACCGACCGAUCCGGUAGCAGUCAGUGUCGCACUUGCUGAAAAGCUGGACCUGCUGGCUGGCUUUUGGGCCAUUGAUGAGAAACCGACCGGAUCAAAAGAUCCAUACGCGCUCCGUCGCGCUGCACUCGGGGUAAUCCGGAUCGUGCUGGACAAUAGCCACAGGAUAAGGCUGGGCGAUGCGGUUCGUUCGGCGUUGGGCUUGAUUGAUGUCGACGUGGCUGAUGAGGAUGCGCUUGUCGGCGACCUGCUUUCCUUCUUCGGCGAUCGGUUGAAGGUGCACCUGAAGGAUGAGGGUGCACGCCACGAUCUGAUCGAUGCCGUCUUUGCGCUGGACGGGCAGGAUGAUCUUCUGAUGGUCGUCAAGCGUGUCGAAGCGCUCGGCAGCUUCGUAUCCUCCGACGAUGGAGCCAACCUGCUCGCAGGUUACAAGCGUGCGGUCAACAUUCUGAAGGCCGAGGAAAAGAAGGAUGGCGUGCCGGUGACCGGCAGGCCGCAUUCCGAUCACUUCCAAGAACAGGCAGAGAUAGACCUUGCUGCCGCGAUCGAUGCUGCACGGGCCGAGGCCGCCGAGGCCGUUGCCGGUGAAAACUUCGAGGGCGCCAUGGAGGCCCUCUCGAAACUCAGGGCUCCGGUUGACAAGUUCUUUGAAGACAUUCUCGUCAAUGCCGAGGAGCCCGCACUCCGGAUGAACCGAUUGCAGCUUCUGGCGGAGAUACGUGAUGCGACCCAUGUCGUAGCCGAUUUUUCCAGGGUGGCCGGAUAA